AUGCUCUAUGGCGGGAGCCCGGCUCGACGCUCCUCCAUGCACGCGGUUGUUUACUCCAGGCCACGAGGUCUCGCGCCCAGCCACGGCCCAGGGAUGGACGGCUGUGACUGCCUGUGCUGCUGCCACGGCCGCCCAGGAUGCAACUGCUGCAUCUGCGCGCCUGGGGCCUCCCGCCCGACCAGCGUCUGCAGGAGGCUCAAGUUCCGGACCCGCCCCGAGCCCUUACCGCCGCCCAUGUGGGAUGCCGAGGCGACGUUCGCGCGCAAGACCCGGCGCCACUUCCCGCGCGUGGCCAACCACAGCCGCGUGAAGCUGGGCUCCAAGGAGAAGAAGUCCACCGGCCGGGCGCUGGCCUCCGGAGUCCUGGUGCUGUCCGAGCGGAGGCACUUCCCCUGCCUCGCCUUCUGCUCGUCGCUGUGGGGGCUCGUCUGA